AUGAGACGCAUUCAGGGUCGCGUGACGCGCGACGACAUUCGCUCAGCAGGGCUGAGGCGAUGGGAUGGGCGAGCUCGAAUCACGACGGACUGGGUCAAUCUGUUUCACGAGCCUGAGUUAUGUUGGCCAACAGGAGACUGCCUUGUCUACUUGCGGGAACCGGGCCAGUCUAGUCGUGGACCUGCCUUUCGAGUCCAUACCGCCUUCCUCAAAGUCAGAGGGUUUGAAUUUCUCGCGGACCGCUGCGUGGUGAGGAACUCCAUUCAUGCGGCAGUGCAAUGUGUCCUGCCGAAUUGUUCAGGAUGUGACCCUCAGGAGUCCGUUCAAGAACUGUACAUCCCAGCGCCACACGGGGCAAGCCUGGAAGAUAUCUUCAACCAUCACAUUACAACUCGAAAUUUCUUUGCAUGGCUCUACAACCGACCGCUAGCUGGCCGGACACUAGGAUCAGCUUUAGCGGCGCUAAAGAGGAGAAUCGAUGUCUAUCGGCCCGAUGACAGCUCCCAGAACAAAGUGGAAGUGCUGUCAUAUGCCGAGAAUCAGAGGUACCUGGACUUUAGGGAAUGUGUUGAUCAUGCUUUAGCGGCUCUCUCCUUAGCAGAGACUCUUCAGGUUGAGGAUCUUUGGGUGGACGCGUUUGCCCAUUGUGUGGGAAUGAGUCACCGUGGCCUUCGAUCCAGCAUCGAAUACGCCGUGUUGAGUGCCAAAUCCAAGACACUCAUCAAUCGAGCCAGGCUCGAGAUGGAUAUUCGACUUGACAGAGUCAACAAAUCCAUUGUGACCUUCUUUGAAAACGACGUCUCGGGAAGUUUUCUCGGCCUGCCCCAGCCAGCAAGAGAGCACCUCAACAAAUUCCGAUCCUUCCUCAAAUCAUUUUACCUUGACCGCUACGGCUCGUGGCCUCCUGAUGAUUUCGAAGAAGAGAUCGUUCAACAAACUAUUUACUCAACUAUGUUCUCUGAUUUCCGCAACCUCUACCAGCACCUUGUGGAUCCCGAGUCGACAGUGGAUAUGGUAGAGAAUGACAUCACCAAGACUGGUGGGGUGUGUACUCUGCAAAACAUCCAGGCUUUUGACAAGAAGCACUCUUAUGAGCCACUUGCCCAGCCGCUGCCUCUAUUACCGGAGCCCCUGGAGUCGAGCUGGGGCCAACGUCCCAAACUUCAGCGAAGAAUGUCUUGGAAUCCGCUCCAAAAGCGUAAGGCUCUCAAGGAAACACGAAAAGCGCAUGACAAACGCGCCCUGAUUGACGCCUCAAAUCGAGAUCUAUUGGUCAUGGACUGCCCUCUAGUCCGAAAGUUCUCUGAGUUUGAGGAGAUGACCGUUGACGACGAUCUUGAAGGACUCUCUGCCAUUGAAGGCCGCAAAGUGAGAUGGAUCCUGGUUUAUGCCGUCCUCCAAACUUUCCAUUCAAUCGCCCAACCUCCAAAGGAAGUACGCAACACUUCCAACCUAACAUAUUCUCUUUGCUGUCAACCUCCGAAGCAGAAGCCGUGGCAGGAAUCGCCAUUACCCCAAGUCCGGACUCUGAAUAAGCAAUCUCAGCUGGCUCCUGACAAUGGCUAUUCACAUACCAAUGUGUCGUCUUCGUCGCUAGGUGAGACAUUGACAAGGGGGAGAUCGGCGAAGAUUCGUCGGCGCACACUUCCUGCGAAUCUACCAGGAUCCUCUUUGAUGGCUUCCUUGUCCAUCAGAACACCACCAGCAUCCCGCUCUGCCUCACUCCGAAGACUGAUAUCCCGAGGAGGUCAGACCAGCAGGGAUGAGAUGCCUUCCAAGCGCCCUUCAUUCUGCGAGAUCUACGUUGAAGGCUAUGGAAAUGGCCUGAAUGAAGUUGCCCGUGAUGCCUCCGACUCUCCUCCGGCGGAGCUUACCGCCGAACCUGAGACCACAGAGAAUGCAAUUAAAGAGGACAAACAAGAACCUCAAGAGCUUCCGGGUGACAUCGUCCAUGAAAUGGCCGCCAAUGACACCGAGGACUUGCCUCCCCUACCGGUAUCUGAGGUUUCAGCUACAACGCCACCAAGCAUGUCUCGCGAGUCGUCCAGUUCGUCCAUCAGCAGUGCCUCCUCAAAUACUAACGAGGACAACGACAUUGCCGUGGCUAUACCGGCGAACAACGCGGCAUGCACCCUGGCGGAGAAACUGAAAUCUACCAGCAUCACUAAACAGCGGAGCGGUAUCCAAGCAGAACUGAGUGCAACGACGAUCAGACACCGACCCCAAUCGCUCGUUCUUCGAAGUACAGCUUCUCACGUCAAGAUCGUCGACAGUGACCGGUACGAUCCAGAUCUUGAACUGCCAUACGUCCACUUCAACACCCAGACCUGGGACAUGAUAUUGACACAGAGACCAAUGACUGCGCCCAGCCCGACCGCAGUCGCUGCAUGA